AUGCCUCGCAACGACUCCUUUGGAAACCUUUCAACCCCAUUUGCCGAGCCAGCCUGGUACACUGGUCUCCCUUCGCCGUACUACAAGGCCUCACAUCUCAGAUUACGAGAGGUCGCAAGGAAAUGGACGGAGACCCAUUUGAUGGACCAAGCCCACGACUGGGAAGAAAACGGAGCCAUUGAUCAUGCAACUUAUCAGCAAGCAGCCAAGGACGGUCUUAUCCUGCCGAAUAUCGGCGGAAUCAGGAUCCCGAAAGAGUGGACCAAACAUGCUAAAAUCAUUGCCGAUAUUUCCCCCGAGGAAUGGGACGGCUUUCAUGCAUUUAUCUUGCAGGAUGAACUGAUGAGAUGUGGUUCGGCUGGUGCUGUUGGUGGCUUAUUCAGUGGUAUGGCUUACGGUGCACCGUUGAUAUGGAAAUACGGAUCAGCAGAACUACGAGAAAAGCUUAUGCCAGGCUUGCUGAAUGGGAGCAAACGGACCUGCAUCACGAUUACUGAGCCUGGCGCCGGCAGCGAUGUCAAAAAUCUCGCGACGACCGCUGAGAAAAGUCCGGAUGGAAAGCAUUGGAUCAUCAAUGGCACGAAAAAAUGGAUCACCAAUGGUAUAUGGAGUGAUUACUUUACAACUGCUGUUCGCACUCGCGGCAAACCCGGAGACCCAUCAGGGAUCAGUGUUAUUGUUAUCCCUAAAGGCCUAGACGUCAAGGUCACCAGGUUGAAAAUGGGCGGUGUCUGGUGCAGCGGCACAAGUCAAGUAGUCUUUGAUAAUGUCAAAGUUCCCAUCGAUUACCUUGUAGGAAAAGAAAACGAGGGAUUCAAGUACAUCAUGUCGAAUUUCAAUCAUGAGCGAUUAAACAUUGCAUUUUCAGCACAUCGAAGUGCGCGAGUGUGUAUCGAGGAUGCGAUGGCGCACGCAGCGAAGAGAAAAGUGUUUGGGGAGCCGCUGAUGGAAAUGAGCAUCAUUCGACACAAGCUUGGCCAGAUGGUCCGAAUGAUUGAGUCCCAACACGCAUGGAUAGAGAGUCUCGUCUACCAACUUAAUCAGCUCAGCGACGCCGAUGGGGCCGCUCUUUUAGGUGGACAAACCGCGUUGCUCAAGGCUCAUUGUGGCAUCACUCUCGAAUUCGUCGCUAGAGAAGCCGUCCAAAUCUUGGGUGGCUUGGGAUAUACUCGUGGUGGUGCUGGUGAAAGGAUCGAACGUGCUUGGAGAGAGAUCAAAAGCGUUUCGAUACCAGGUGGGAGCGAAGAAGUGAUGCUUGAUCUGGCUGUCAGACAGCAACUGAAAAUCAGUUUGAAAACUAGUCGCCAAACAAAAUUGUGA